GAUUUCUCAUCUCCAACGCGCUUAAGCACUUUAAGCUAUAGAAAGCUAGAAAAAGAUUUAAAAAAAAAAAAAAAAUGAAAGGAGCUCAUUUCCUUGUUGCUUUUCUCCUUCUGGUUUUGUCUUCCUCAUAUGUCUUUGCCUAUGACCCUAGCUCUCUUCAGGACUUCUGUGUAGCCAUCAAUGGCAGCAAAGAUGGUGUGUUUGUCAAUGGAAACUUCUGCAAGGACCCAAUGAUUGUAACGGCAGACGAUUUCUCAUUUUCUGGUCUCAAUAUUCCUCUAAAUACAACAAACCAAAUUGGAUUCAACAUUACUCUCUUAAAUGUUGAUACAGUACCAGGACUUAACACUCUUGGCAUAGCCAUGGCUCGUAUAGACUAUGCAGCAAAUGGAGGCGAAACCCCACCCCACACUCACCCUCGUGCAACUGAAAUGUUGAUAGUCUUGGAGGGCACCCUCUAUGCUGGUUUUGUCACAUCAAGUCAGCCGUAUCGCCUCAUCACCAAAGUCUUGAAUGCAGGAGACGCCUUUGUAAUUCCAAUUGGUCUCGUUCACUUCCAAUUCAAUAUUGGAAAAACUAAUGCAGUUGCUAUUGCUGCUUUUAAUAGCCAAAAUCCAGGAUUCUUGAUAAUAGCAAAUGCAGUCUUUGGGUCUAAUCCACCAAUUAAUCCAGAUGUUCUUGUCAAGGGAUUCCAACUCGAUAAGGAUGUGGUAAACUAUCUUCAGAAGAAGUUCGGGGACAACAAUAACUAGGAAUCAUAGAUAUUGAACAAUCUUGAACUAGUAUUGGCAUAUGAUAAAUAAUAACCCGCGCGAUGCUGCGGAAUGUUCAUGCAGUUAUAUUUAAUGCAAUUAAUGUAAUCGUAAUCUUUUUAAAAUUUAAUGACAUAUAUUUAGUUAUUGCAUAUAA